GGAACAGAUGGAGGAAAUUAAAGCGGCCCGAGAAAAAAGCAUUGUCAAGAGGACCCUUCUAGCGCGAGAGAUAGCUCGACAAAUAACUGGUAUGAAGAGCUACCUAAAUGAUGCUAUUAAUCGAUUCCAGAAUAUCAACCUUAAUUCUGCUUCAUACCGAGCACGCAUCGGUUCAAUCCGAGAUAUCGAGACUCAAGCGGGCCCCGGCCGAGCACAUUUACGUGGAAACCAAAUCCGAGUGCCUACCAGGCACACGACUCAAGAUUCAAGAAUCCCUACUCGAGCACCUGAAGAAACCUGAGAACCGAUUCGUUUGGCUACGGGGAUCUCCUGGGACAGGGAAGACCGCGAUCUCUAUGAGUAUCGCAUCCACUCUUGAGCAGCAUGGCGUCCUGGUAGCCUCAUAUUUCUGGGACAAGAAUCGGAAAGGAUCAGGCUUGGAUUCCAUUAAACGGUUCCCCUCUACCCUUUCCUGCCAACUUGCAUCCUUCAACGAGGACUUCAAAUUAUCGCUUGUCAGACGACUUCGGAAACCGGAUUUGGCCUUAUUUCAGGAUCUACCUCUAGAAAAACAAAUCAAGGCUCUGGUAAUCGAGCCGAUACGUAAUCUGAAGAACAUAUUCCCUUCAGGUACGGAUCGCUUCGUCAUUGUUUUGGAUGGUCUCGACGAGUGCGGCAAUCAGGAGACGCUUGAGUCCCUAAUGGGGCUGGUACUUGACCUUCAGGAGCUCCCACAGGCGUUUGCUGUGCUAGUUAGCUGUCGUCCUGAGCCAGGAGUCCUUUCAGCUUGGCUUGAAGCUCAAAACGAGGGUCUUGUCAUACCAUGUGAAGAUGUGGACAAGAUAGAGUACGAUGAAAAUUUCCGCACAGUUCACCGUAUCGUGAAGGAAGGUCUCCGGGAUGUCAUGAGAAAAUCUUCAUGGAAACCAACUGAGUGGGAACUCAAUGCUUUUUCCCGGUGUUGUCGUGGGUUGCCCGUUAUGGCAUCGAUCCGAAUUCGCGAUGUCUGCCGGCAGGCACGGCGUGGUCGUACCCUACAGUCGGCGUUUCAGGGCUUGCUUAGUGUAACUGAUACACCCAUCGACCUCAACCAGGAAUACUUGCGAAUCCUCCGGCAAGCCUAUGUGGUGGAUUCAGUUGGGAUUCCCUCGGGUGUAUCCGAGAUGUAUCGCUUAGUAGUCACCGCAAUUCUUACGGCGUCUGGGCUGAGGAAUGUGUCUUCCAUGUCACAGAUGCUUGGGAUUAGCGAGGAUGACAUCCAUGCGACGUUGGAACCGAUCAGCUCGAUCAUAAAUCUUCCCUCGGAGAACGCAAAGGAUAUCACCUUCUAUCACGCAACGGCAAGCGAAUUCAUAACCGGGAAACCAAUUGGUGAUGAGAAAGACGAAGUAUUUUUCAUCGAUGACGUGAAUGGGUAUCUCCUUGGAUUACCGCUCCUUCGAUAUUUCAAUGAUUGUUGUGAGCGGAACGAGUUUGGGAUACCCACUGAUCUGCCUUCUUUGGGAGAAGAAGGGAAAUGGAAGGAAUUUAUGGCGAAAAAGAAGGAAUAUCGCCGUCGCUUCCGCUAUGUUAUUGAAUGCUUGUUCAAGCACUUGGACCCUUCGAAAGUUUUGUCACAAGACUCCAAUAAAUUGCAAAAGGAGUUUGAUUCCUUUAUUACGCGGGGCCAUGUGUUAACGUUUAUGCAUUUGCAAAACAGUUAUGGCGAUAGGACAUGGGUUGGAUUUAUAUUUCCUCCAUUACUUGAAUUUAACGAUCCGGAUCCAAACCUGAGCCCGAAACGGAUGGAUGGAUUCAUUCGGUCCGUGCCGUGGUGGGCUGGUUUGCUUCCGUUGGGAUUUUUUUUUUGGGUGUUUCCCCAUAUGGACCCAUGUAACCCGGCCCUUUCCGCCAUUCAUUAUUUCGCAUCCCCAAAAUUCAAAUCACCUGCCAGCUCCUGUCACGUUUCUUCGUUUACUUGUGAGAUAUUUACGUCAGGUAACUUGGAAUGCCGAGUACGAUCCAUGGAGCUUCUAUCGAUCGGUUCUCCCUUUCGCCCCACCCUCCAUUUACAAACAAUGUGGCCAUCUCUCUCCUGUCCGGGUUUUCUCUAUUCAUGGAAAGCCUGGCGACACGAUCCCAUUAAGUGAGGAUUCGUGCAGGGCCCAAGAAGUCAUGCACGCAAAGCUGAGGGUUCACCGAUGGGGAUGGGAGAUUGACUACGAAGCUGAAUUCUACCAACCUGAUAUUCGUAAUGGCAUUGUGACCUGUGCUGCACUCUCCUAUGAUGGUCGCUAUGUUGCACUCGGGUUUGGCAGCGGUGUCAUCGAAGUCGUCGAUAUCGACCAUCAACGGACAAUCUGCCAAUUGCACCAUAAUCCAGCCAAUCUCCCUGACUGGAUUGAAUUCAUCCAUGGUAGCCACAGGGUCGCUACCGAGGAUAUUGAUGGGAACGUCACAGUCCUCAGCCAUGGCAUGGCCCCUGUGAAGCUUGGCAAGCUUCCUUCUGGUCUCUAUCCUGCUAGAACUGCCAUCUCAGACAAUAGAUUAUUUAUCAUCCGAGCACCGCGAAAUCUCGACAACCCUUGGUGUGAUAACAUGACACUCAUAUCUGUCUCUGAGCAUCCUUU